CUGUGCAGUAAAUAAAUCGAAGGGUCUGCGCUUGUUGCAGAGCAGCACACACACUCUGUGCUGCAGGUGCUGGAAGACAUGGCACUUGCUGCUGUGUGCCCAAGGGAACAGUUUACUUGAUUAUUUAGAUUCUGAGGAAGAGUUUCCGAAACUGUAAUCAAGCAAGUCACUUCAGAGAUUAUUGAUCACUUUGGGUACUGAAUAGAAACAAAAACUGAAAAAGUGGAGAGCUUCUAUUGAGUUUAUUUUAAUAAAUCCUAAAUUAGAAAGUGGUGGCAAGAUUCUCAGCACCGUGGGACACGUUGCAGCUGUUUUGAUUCUGGCCGAAUGGUAUUUCCAGCGUCUCUUUUGUGGUUUUGGUGAUAGUGGGCCAGUCUGCAACGUUCUAGGAGCAUUGGUUGGAGAACAUGGGAUCUGGUGGUUCUGUACAUGCCAACUACAAGUACUCCCUGCAGAAGUCUGAAAAUGUACAAACAAUGCCAGAUGAAACUCACCCAGCUUUCAAGGCAGCCGUCUUGAUCCAACAGUGGUAUCGGCGCUACGUCGCUCGGCUGGAAAUGCGCCGACGUUGCACCUGGAGAAUCUUUCAAUCCAUUGAAUACGCUUGCGAGCAGGAUCAGAUCAAGCUUCACAACUUCUUCAGUUACCUCAUGGACCACUUCACGCCAAGCAGCAGUAAAGAGAACCAAUCAAAUGGACCAACCUGCCAUCCAGGGGAUUUCAUCAGUCGCAUGUUCAGAAGUGGGGAAAGCUUCAAAGAGGCAGAGCUGGAAAAAUACUGUGAUUAUGAAUCCAUGGAGGUGCCAGACUCCUACACUGGACCCCGUCUCUCUUUCCCACUCCUUCCUGACCAUGCGACUGCCUUGCUGGAAGCUUUCAAACAGAAACAACAGCUCCACGCUCGCUAUGUCUUAAACCUUCUGCACGAGACCAGGAAGCACCUCAAGCAGUUGCCAAACAUCAGUCACGUCUCCACUUGCUAUAGCGAGGAGGUCACCGUGUGCGGAGACUUGCACGGCCAGCUGGAUGACUUGUUCCUCAUAUUUUAUAAGAAUGGCCUUCCUUCCCCUUCCAAGUCCUACGUGUUCAAUGGGGACUUCGUGGACAGAGGAAAACAGUCCCUUGAGAUCCUCAUUGUCCUCUUUACCUUCCUCUUGAUCUAUCCAAAGGAGGUUCAUCUCAACCGCGGGAACCACGAGGACCACAUGGUCAACUUACGCUAUGGUUUCACCAAGGAAGUAAUGCAGAAAUACAAGGUGCAUGGGAAGAAAAUCUUGAAGAUGAUUCAGAACGUCUUCUGCUGGCUGCCCCUGGCCACCCUGAUUGAUCAGAAAGUCCUCAUUAUACACGGGGGCAUCUCUGACACCACUGACCUGGAGAUGCUUGAGAAAAUUCAAAGGAACAAAUUUAUUUCUGUACUAAGAGGGAAGAAAAGAAAGGAGUCGCAUAGAGAUGUGGAAAUACAGGAAGUAAAUGGAGAGAGCACAACAGAGACUGAUCAAACAGAGAGCGAGUCAGUCCUCAGUUUAUCUCCACAGCCCCGGCCGACCCACGCUCCCAGCAUAACCAACAGGCUGGAGUUUUCCCGGUGGGUCCGGCAGACGGUGCAGGAGCAAAUCGAGUGGUGCCGCCGGCUGGUGGACAUCAGCGAGUCGGAGUCGGAGGAGCUCACCUAUUCCAGCGUGGUCUCGUCGGAUUUGGACGAACCGUGCUGGACUCGCCAGGAGGAGUGGAAGCAGAUUUUAGACAUCCUCUGGAGUGACCCCAUGCCUCAGGAGGGCUGCAGGGUAAAUACAGUGCGAGGUGGUGGCUGCUACUUUGGGCCUGACGUGACAGAGAAAAUCCUUGAGAAGUACAACUUGCAGUUCCUCAUCCGCUCCCACGAGUGCAAGCAAGAGGGCUAUGAGUUCUGUCACAACCGGAAGGUGCUGACCAUAUUUUCGGCCUCAAACUACUAUGAGAUUGGCAGCAACAGGGGAGCCUACGUGAAGCUUGGACCGGACCUCGUCCCCCAUUUUGUUCAGUACCAAGCAAACAAGGCAGCUCAUACUCUCACGAUGACCCAAAGAAUCAGCAGAGUAGAGGAGUCAGCCUUUCGAGCCUUGCGGGAAAAGCUCUUUGCUCACACCUCAGCCCUCAUCAGCGCGUUCAAGGCCUACGAUAAGGACAACACGGGAAGGAUUUCACUGAGCAACUGGGCAACGGCGGUGGAGUCGGUCUUGCACCUGGGAUUGCCCUGGCGAAUGCUGAGACCGCAGCUGGUGCGCAGCACAGCGGAUGGCAUGCUGGAAUACAGGUCCUGGCUCGACGACCUGGCCAUGGAGCAGCGGAGCCAAGAGCACAUCCAGUCAAGCUUGCUGGAAGUCAUUUAUCGAAACAGAUCCAACUUGGAGACCAUAUUCAGGAUCAUAGACAGAGACCAUUCAGGUCUCAUCUCAUUUGAGGAAUUCCACCAAACCUGGAAGCUGUUCAGCACCCACAUGAACAUUGAACUCACGGACGAUGGCAUCAACGACUUAGUUCGCAGCAUUGAUUUCAAUAAGGAUGGAAACAUUGACUUCAAUGAGUUCCUAGAAGCCUUCCGUCUCGUCAAACAGUCAGAGUAGUGAGAACCUGGUGAGGGUUGCCACGUCCAAUGCCUUGA